UGUUGUUGUUCAGUUCGACACUGAAGCUAAGCGCUAGCAGCUAACACAGACUGGGAAGAUGUCGUCAGGACGACACGCGUAGCGACUCUCGCGCCUCUAACCUCUUACCUGUUUAUGUUAGUUACUCGGGUUAGUUCUAAUCAACCCGUGUUAGCUGUCCGGUUCCGGGCUUCAUGUUCUCACGAGGACCUUGUUGGGGAGGACGAGCUAGCUAGCCGCGAAGCCCCGUUAGCAUGUUCCAGCUAACCGGCCAGUGCUAUAGAUGUUAGCCUCCUUAGCAGUGUUCCGCUGGAGGAGACUGUUAGCCUUUGGCUAAUUUAUUUCGAGAGGAUUAGCUGUAGCUAUAGCUCCUCUUUAUGUUGUCCAGUUAGCUGCUGUUGUGGCUGUGCUCGUAUUUUAACACAUCCCGGCUUGGUUCCGUUAUGUGUCGCUGUACUUAGGCAGCAGAGGUUGUAACUGGUAAAAUGUAUGUUUAAUGGUUUACUUCUUUUCGAAGCUAAUAACGUUAACUGUUAGCCGGAGCUAACUGGAGUCUGGUCUCUUUGUUCCGCUUUAUGAUGUGAAGGCAGGUUAGCUCUGACUGUUAGCUUAGUUAGCAAGUAGCUUAUAUACAGAUACAAUAGCUUGUAUAUUUAUAAUAUUUUCAUGAUUGUGGAUGUAGCAUGUGCUAAGCUAACAGGUAAUUCGGUACCACAGAACUGUGGUCUUUGUGUGCUGUGAUCUGGCAGCUGUUUCCGGGCAGAUUUCACUGUUUGUGGGUGACAUGCAGCUGUCAGCUCCUCCAGCUGUGUGCUGACCUUCAUCAUCACUAUCAUCACAAUAACUGCAGCUGGUGGAGACUUGAGGGGUAUUAUGGCCCUCAGAUCAGGCUGCAGGCAGAGCCGCUCAGCAUGGGUUGUCUAUCUGCUCAUACUGUCAGGAUGCAUUGCUGCAUCUCAGAGGAAUGACAAUGUCUACGUGUCGGGGAUUUCUAAUGCCUGUGGCGACGUGGCAGAGCUCCUGCGGGCAUCCAGCGGCAUCAUCACCAGCCCCGGGUGGCCCUUUCAGUAUCCAUCCAGACUGAACUGCAGCUGGAAUAUCAGAGCCCGAGCUGGAGACACCAUCACCAUCAGUUUCCAGGACUUCGACCUCCAGGGUUCCCACCGUUGUUCCUCAGACUGGAUGUCUAUCAGCAGCUACAGGAGCCUGGAUGGGCUGCGGGUUUGUGGUUCCUCCCUGCCUCCACCCUACAUCUCGUCACAGGACCACGUUUGGAUCCAUUUCCACUCUGAUGACAGUCUGACAGGAAAAGGCUUCAGACUGUCCUAUAUCGCUGGUAAGCCAGAGGCGUCCAGCUGUGACGUGGACCAGUUCCACUGCUCUAAUGGGAAGUGCAUCCCAGACUGGUGGCGCUGUAACUCCAUGGACGAGUGUGGUGACAAUUCAGACGAGGAGCUGUGUGUGGACUCGCCCUUCUCCUUCCAACCCUGCAGCCUGAACCAGUUCCCCUGCCUAUCCCGGUACACCCGAAUCUACACCUGCCUGCCGCACAGCCUGCGCUGCGAUGGCAGCAUCGACUGCCAGGACCUUGGCGAUGAGAUCGACUGUGAUGUUCCCACUUGCGGAGAAUGGUUGAAGAACUUCUACGGCUCUUUCAGCUCUCCAAACUACCCCGACUUUUACCCUCCAGGAAGUAACUGCACGUGGCUGAUUGACACCGGAGACCACAGGAAGGUCAUCCUGAGGUUUACGGACUUUAAACUCGAUGGGACCGGUUAUGGAGACUACGUGAAGGUCUACGACGGCCUGGAGGAGAACCCUCGCCGUCUCCUCAGGGUGCUGACCGCCUUCGACUCCAGAGCACCAGUCACUGUGGUUUCAUCAUCCGGUCAGCUCCGAGUUCACUUCUACGCUGACAAGAUCAAUGCUGCCAGAGGGUUCAACGUCACAUACCAGGUGGACGGCUUCUGCCUACCAUGGGAGGUUCCCUGUGGGGGAAACUGGGGCUGUUACACUGAACAGCAGCGCUGUGAUGGUUAUUGGCACUGUCCCAACGGUCGGGACGAGCUGAACUGUUCUUCAUGCCAGGAGGACGAGUUCCCCUGUUCCAGAAACGGAGCCUGUUACCCUCGAUCGGACCGCUGCAACUACCAGAACCGCUGCCCCAAUGGUUCUGAUGAGAAGAACUGCUUCUUCUGCCAGCCAGGGAACUUCCACUGCAAGAAUAACCGCUGUGUGUUUGAGUCGUGGGUGUGUGAUGCUCAAGACGACUGUGGUGAUGGCAGCGACGAGGAAAGCUGUCCCGUCAUCGUCCCCACCAGAGUCAUCACCGCCGCCGUCAUUGGCAGCCUCAUCUGCGGCCUCCUAUUGGUCAUUGCCCUCGGCUGCACCUGCAAACUGUACUCCCUUCGCAUGUUCGAACGCAGGUCAUUUGAAACACAGCUGUCCAGAGUGGAGGCAGAGCUACUGAGGAGGGAAGCUCCGCCCUCGUACGGACAGCUGAUUGCUCAGGGACUGAUCCCACCUGUGGAGGAUUUCCCAGUGUGCUCUGGGAGCCAGGCGUCAGUCCUGGAAAACCUCCGUCUGGCUGUACGCUCUCAGCUUGGAUUCACCUCCCUCAGACUUCCCUCCUCUGGUCGUCAUAGCAACCUGUGGCGCCGUCUUUUCACCUUCUCGAGGUCCCGGCGAUCGGGUUCUUUGGCUCUGGUCUCUGCCGACCUGGAGGACAGCGCCGGCACCGGGAGCACUGGAAGUUCUGGUUCAGACCUACUGUCUCCGGACUCAGAUGACACUGACACGGAGGGUGAGCGAGGGAGAGAACGUGGCGUAGGUGCAGUGGGCGGGUCUGUUGCCCCCCUCCCCCAAAAAACUCCGCUGUCCACUGCUGUGGAAGCAGUGGUAUCGGUGACUACUUCAGCGGCCUCCUUGACCUCGCUGCCCGGCCGUGACAGGCCCAGGGAGGCCCCGCCCCCCUCUGGCCCGGUUGCUGUGGUAACCUCCAGUCCAGACACAGCUUGUCACAAUGACGCCACAGAGCUCCAGGCUCCACCCACCUCCGCCCUGCAGCGACUGGCCCAGAACCUGCACCGCCUUGCCAGGAACCUGACCAGAACCAGCCAGAACCAGCAGGACCAGACCUGGACAAAUCACAGUCCACUCCACCAGCUGGAGACAGGAAGAGGCGGGGCUGAGGCAAAUGAGCGACGAGGAAGCAGAGAAGAAGAAGAGGACGUGGAGCUCCUGAUCCCAGUCUCCGACUCGGACUCCUCCUCCUCCGUCAGUGACAUCCGAGAGCCGCUGCUGGAGCAACACCCCUCCUGCACCACAGGCCAUGCCUCCCGCCAUCACCACGGAAACAGUUGUCGAGGAGGACGGGAUGGCCCCUGUGAACACUGCGGGAUGGUCCACACGGCUCAGAUCCCUGACGCUUGUCUGGAGGCCACGGGCAAGACGGAGAGCAGCGAUGACGAACUGCUGUUGCUCUGCUAACAGCAUAACAUGCUAACUGACAGGUUAAUACUAAUACUACCCUGACCCAACCCCUACAGCCAGCUAACAUGCUAACCAACACGGGUCAUCCUGCUAAUACUACCCUUUUCCUGCUCCAGCAGUUAGAUCGCAUGCCAUUGACUAGCUAAAGCCACUAGUGGUAUCCUGACCCACCUUAGACUUCAGACAGCUAGCCAACAUGCUACUGUCUCACACUGGACUACAGUUAACCAACACACAAACAGAUUAGACUGGCCUACAGCCAGCCUUAAUGCUGACACUUCAACUGGAUUUUGGACUAGGGAUAAUCUUACACCUGUUAGCAUGUGUUAGCAUGUUAGCUGCAUUAAGGGUUAGCUCUCAGUGAUGUUGGAGAUGAACACUCUCUCAGAGACCAGGGGAAGUGAAGUCACUGAUUGGAUUUGGAUGUUGGUACCACUAUCUAAAGUGUCCCCUGUUGUUCCCACGGUCAGUCCAUUAAAAUGCUCCCCGCCCCCCUGCAGGUGGACGUCCUGCUCGGUACGACUUUGUGAACACUGACUUCCUCCUUGUUGGUACAACUAUAAACUGUGUCCUGACAGAUCAAACUGAUGGUUCUCUAUUGGUGAGAAAUUCAUUGCUCCAGAUGAUCUGGAGUCCUGGUCAGGUGCAGCAGUUUAAUCCCCCCCCCCCCCCCCCCCCCCCCCCCCCCCCCCCUUGUGCUGGUUGUUGAGUCUGUUAAAGAAUGACAAGGGUCAUGUGACCAAUGGAGGUAUUUUAAGACAUUAUAAAACUAACAAAAAGUCUGAGUACACCGAAGUACAAAAGUUCAGACUUGUGAAAAUAAUCCCCAGUCAAAGGUCCUUGAACAGAAAGCUCCAGACCUGUUUCUGAGCUUUAAACCGUGUUAAACAUGAGACAAGAGCAAGAAGACGCCAUGGACGCCCAUCACCUCAGUGCUGCGCUCUCCAGUACCUGCUUUGUUUUUUUAACCAAUGUUUGACAGUUCCUCCCGAUCAGAGAGGGACAGCUCAAAGUUAGGGACAUCAUCAGUAGAUACCUCUUACCCCCCCGUAAUGUAUAUUCACAGUAGACAACAUUACGUAUUUUACUCCGCACUUCCGAAACUUACAUAUAAUUUCACUUGUUUGGCUUGAUGAAAGGAGCCAUAAAGCUGAUCUGACUCUGUUCCUGAUUAUUGACAUUAUCAGCUGUAAAAACUGUCGCAGGUCAGCAGCAGCGAGCGACGUGGUGAUCAACUCAUAAAAUACCUACAAACGCGUUCAGUUGAUUUACCUUCCUGUUACACUUCCUUCAUGGGUACGUGCAGUCGGGUUUGUUCACACUGAAAAUGAAGCACAACAAGACAAAUAUAAUUUUCAGUCAUCAAUUUAAAGCAAACCAUCGAUACCAUUGACUCGAUUCUUCAGACAGCACUUUGCCAACAGAUGAUGCUAAUGCUAGCUGGGCUACCUCCCCGGGUCACGUUACCCUCAUCAUGGUCUCUGUAGUCUUUAACACUGAACGUGGUUCGGGUUCCUGUCCGGCUCCCUCUCGGUAUUUUAUGUUCUACCUGAUCAGUUCUCAGACUGGCUCUAAAGGGAAGAUGAGGUUCAAGACAGCUCUGUACUAAAACACAGAAGGUCAUGUUACAGAAAAGGUUCUAGGUCUGAUCAUUCUGCAAAAACGUCUUCGGCCUGUCUGUAAAAGACAGAAAAAAUACAGAAACUUUGAAGGGUCAAUAGUCACAAGUCAUGUUUACACUCCAGAUUCAACAUAGAGGACUCCGAAAUCCAGACUGUGGAGAACUUUCAGAGUUAGAGGCAGCUUUUCUCUCAGAACCGGGCCGACAGAACCAGAUGGUCUGAAGUUUCAGAACCACAACAGAACCAGAUGGCCUUGAAAGGUCAGGAACGGAUCAACAGAACCAGAUGGUCUGAAGUUUCAGAACUGGACCGACAGAACCAGAUGGCCUGAUGGGUCAGGAACAGAUCAACUGAACCAGAUGGUCUAAAGGGUCAGUUAAAUGGGUCUCUGGACAGUUUUACAAACUGACAUCAAAGUUUUGGAUUAUAAUUAUUUUAACUUUUGUGAGAAGACAUAAAAACUAUGAGCUGCUCCUGCUUUCCUCCUCCUCCUCUUCCUCCUUGUCCUCCUCCUCCUCCUCAAACUGAAGCCAUUCAAACUGACCUGUCUAUAUUUAUGAUAUUUGUUUUUGGUACUCAGAUCUCAGCUGACCUCGUGUGAGUGUGACUGUGUAUAUUUAUUACUGUUAUUAUUAAUAUGACUGGUUAUUAUUAUUAUUGUGUUCAUUUGUUGUGUAGCUGUUUUUCUGACCUGCAUGAUUCAGAUUGUUUGGUGUUAGUUUUUCUUUGAGCCUGUAAAGAAAAAAAAAUGUUAAACUGCACUAAAGAUUAAAGGUUCAUGUUUCAGUC